AGUACUUGUAGCAGCAAUUAUUGAAAAAAGAGAACACGAUUUCAUUGAAAAAUCAUUGGUUGAAUAGACAAAGAACCGAUGAAAACGUUAUAAAAAUAUUGAAUACAUAAUAUUUAAAGUACUUUUUUUAAAUACUCUUUUUAUCAACAUAAUCAUGGCAGAACCUAGAGAUGUUCCAAAACCGGAAGUAGAUGAAGAAAAUAAAUGGCGGUAUAUUGGAGAAGUUAAGGAACUGAACAAGAAAAAAUGUCAUCACGUGCACGCUCAAUCUGGAAAGAAAUACGACAUAGCCUUAUUUUGUGACGAAGGAAAAUUCUAUGCAAUAUCAGCAUGGUGUUCGCACAUGGGUGGUCCUUUAUAUCAUGGACAAAUUGAAGACUACAAUGGCAGGUGUCACGUGAUGUGUCCGUGGCAUUCCUACAUGUUUGAUUUGAAAACAGGUGCAAACGAUCUUGGGUUACAGCAAGAUGUCUAUGACAUAAAGUUUGAGAAAGGCAAAUUGUAUAUACAACAUGAUUCUGAACUGUCACUUGGGUCAUAUGUUAUACACUGUCCAGUGAAAUAAAUGGACGACUGUCAAAAUAGACAUCCGGACAAGACGUUGAUACAUUCUUAUGAAUAAUAAUGUAAACAAAUUUUACAGCAACAUCUAUUGUAUACACAUUUGAUUUAUUUAUGAAAAGUUAAAUAAUGAGUAUUGGUGAUAAAUAUGCAUAUAUCAGAUUGAUUGUGUAUUAUUUGAAAUUUUAUUUGAAUAUAAGAAAUGAACGUUGAUAGAU